AUGGAGGCAGCCAUCACCCUCCCCAACACUUCCAGUAACAGCAGUGGCACUGGCAGCACCCCACACUCGCCUGUGGCCACAGGCCUCAUCCUGUUGUCCACUCUGGCUAUUCUGCUGGCCACAGUGGUGGGCAAUGUGCUGGUGGUCGUGGCCAUUUCCAUCAGCCAGGUCCUGCGGGCCCCGCAAAACCUCUUCCUGGUGUCCCUUGCCUCAGCAGACAUCCUGGUGGCCAUCAUUGUCCUGCCAUUCUCAUUGGCCAAUGAGCUGAUAGGCUACUGGUAUUUCAGUGGUCUGUGGUGCAGUCUGUACCUGGCACUGGAUGGGCUGCUCUGCACUGCUUCCAUCGGGCACCUCUGUGCCAUCAGCCUUGACCGCUACUGGGCUGUCACCCGAGCUGCCCGGCUCAACCUGCGCCGCAGCCCCAGGCGGGUGAAGGGGAUGAUUGGGGCAGCCUGGGCAGCAGCAGCCCUGGUGGCACUGCCGCCACUCCUGUGGGCCCAUCCAAGGAGCGAGAAAUGCCAGCUGAGCCAGGAAACCUGGUACGUGCUGGCCUCCCGCGUUGCCUCCUUCUUUGCCCCAAGCUUCGUCAUGGUUGCCGUCUACUGCCGCAUCUACCACCUGACCACCUGGCAGACAGCAGCCUUCCUCCCUGCCUGCACCCUGCACCCCGCCAGCACUGGCAACAGUAAGAAGGGGCUAAGGGUGGGGAUGCUGGACUGGCAGCAAUGGAGCCAGCACCAGAGUAUGUUGCUGUGUCGACGGCGGCUGGUACGGGCACAGGAACGUCGCUUCACCAUCAUGCUGGUCGUGGUGAUGGGAGCCUUCGUGCUCUGCUGGUUCCCUUUCUUCUUCACCUACAGCCUGGGGGCUGUCUGUGGGGAAGGCUGCCAGGUGUCCAAGCCACGCUUCCGUUUCUUCUUCUGA